AGCUUUGGUUGACAACAAUGUGUUGAUUUAUCCAUUAGGUUUCAUAUAAUAGAAAAGAUAUGCUACGAGAAUUGCUUAUUGUAAAGUACCAAACAUAUGAAGCAAUUAUUUUAAUUUCACAAAUGGAGAAGAUCGUUGUACUAUGCAUUUAUUGUGCUCUUUAAUAGAUAAGGAAACAUGAUAUCCCAAAUUCGAAAGCACUUUCUAUAAUUACACCAAUAUUGCGUAAAAACCGUAGAGUUGAAAAUAGGUGGGGAUUACAAUAUGAGGUUUCUGUGCAAUAUGCUGCAUUUGGAAGGCAAUGUGUACCUUAUAUGCCAACAGAACCACCGGCAUCCUUGAGUGAAGAAAUUAUGGGAUCUGAACCACUAUAUGUGUGCGAAGAAUGCAAAGACUGUUUCCGUUUUCAAAGCAGUUUGGAGGAUCAUUAUAAGAGACGUAGUUGGAUUUUUGGGCUUUGGUGUCAUACUUGUUUCAGGACAGUAUGCACUCAUAUAACCGAAACAGGUUCUACGUGUUCUAUAUGCAUGAAAAAAGAUAAUGAAAAGCGGAAAUAUUUGCGAUCAAGAGGGUACAAGCAUCAACGCUUUCAAAAAUGGGGAGUGAUAAAAGUAUUCUACAACCAGUGCCAACUCUAUGAACACAUGAAAUUGCACGGUUUGUGCUCGAUAGAUGUAUCUGAUAUAAUGUUAAUGCCUCUACCUACUGAUUUGACCUAUAAUGAUUGGACUCCUGAACUAGAGAUAGCAUGUGAAGCACUUAUGGAAUACACAUUUCUAUUACAUGUUCAUAUCAUGGACUGGUUAAGGAUGAACAAAUUGAUUAAUAAUUGGUGGAAACUAACUAAUGACAAUGACAAAAAUAACGACAAUAUAAUAAGUAAGGUUGUGAAAGGUUAUAAGGGUCGACAAAUUUUUAAGACUUUCGAAAAGUCUGAAGAUGAUCAGGAUCCCAAUUCUAAUGUUACACUUAAUGUCAAGAAGAACUUUCUUGCUAUGGAAUUUGUCGAAACCACUUUUAACGAUAAAGAUAAGAAUAAUUAUUCUGCCAAUGCUGUCUCAGACAAAAAUGUGUCAGAAAACGAAGAUAAUCCUUGCACUGACAUCGCUUUUGUAGAUUGCGGCCCUGCCUCAAAAUGUUUGGAGCCAGAACCAUCGAUGAGCUAUAUACCAAAGAAGCAGAUUCCAUCUGUUCUUAAAAAUUCAACCUGGGACGUAUUAAACUUGCAUUUAAUUGACAGGACUAGGACAAAUCGUAAGAGGAAAAAAGUAGUUCUUAAAGAUUUUAUUGAGACGGAUAUGAUUCUUAAAAAAUCAACUACGGUGAAAGUGAAUGAAAAAAGUUUAAAUAAAAGUACUAUCAGUAAGCAAUUAAUCGAAAGCUCCUCGCAGAAAUAUAGGACAGAGCAAUCAUCUGUGAAGGAAACUGCAGGAAAUAGCAUCAGUAAACCUAUAAUAGAAACUGAUAUUGCCAAAAUUUUAAACAAUCCAAUUAAGAUCGAUGUUCCGUUUCCUGCUAAAAAUGUCAAGUUACCUAAAGCGAAUUCGGAUCAUUUAGAGCAUAGUCUACAUACAUCAACAGAAAAUUGUGAUUCCAAGAUACUAACUGUCCAAAGUUCAAAAAAAGCAGAUGUCACAUCAAUUAUUAACGAUUUGCCUUCUCAGCAUAUUUCAAAUACCAAUGAAGUCGUUCUGGAACAGAAUUUACAGAGACUUAUAUCUUUAUCCGACAAAGAUGUAAUGAUAAUUGGAAAGAUGCCAAACAAAUCAGUUAACAGCAGUACGGAUACCAGCACAUCAUCACAGAAUAAACAAGUUGGUCCAUUUCUGAUUAAAGACGGAAAGAAAUAUCUUAUUAAACAUUCAGAAAGUAUUAGAAAUGAUCUAGAAAAUUCGCCCAAUUUGUCAACUACAACUACUGUAUCGAAAGGCACGAUACAGCUGCUGCCUAAACAGAAUAUUUCAACAUCAACGUCUAUUAAUUCUGCUGAAAUCGAAAAUAUAAGUACGGAACAAGCGACUUCACUUCACAACGACAUUUCUCUUUUAACACCUUCGCCAUCUCCUUCUGAGUUAUCCAGUGGUUCCAGCUGCGAGUCGCAUAUUAAGAAAACUUUAAAAGCAAAACUACCUCGGAAGAUACUUCCGCGAAUUCCUCCCGAGAAGACUUCAUUCGAGGUUAUAUCAUUGGUUAAAGAGGAAAAUGGGGAGAACCUCUACAUGAAUAUAAAAAUAAUAGAUCGUGCCCCAAAGGAGGUUUUUCAUGAUAUGUGCAAAGAAAUGUUCAAGCAUAAACAGAAAAUGAUGGAAGAAUUUUGUCACCUGGAUAAUUACGAGUUGAUGAGACGAAUUACUCAUUUAAACCACGUUACCGCGGAAAUAAAGAACAGUAUGAAUUUUGUACCGAGUAAUAUUGUUAGAGAGAAACUGAAGUCUGUUGAUAUUCUCAAACAAAUAUUGGAAAGUUAUAUUCGUAAGCGUGAUACGAAGGCCCAGAACAAGAAGAAAGGCACACUAUUAGAGGAAUGUAAUUGGGAGAGGACGGAUUUACAUGAGAAAUGUCCGUCAUGCCGUAAACCUAUGAAGCCAAAGUCUUACAUUGCUGGAUUUUCAAAAUUGUCUGAUGACGACGAAAUGUAUUGCUUCUGUUACAAAUAUAUUUGUCACCAGUGUCAAUCUUAUCAUGGCACUUCAUCACGGUUCAUCGCGCAUCAAAACUUCCACAUGAAGAAGUCACCUUACAUUUGCCCAGACUGUGAGAACUGUUUCAUUGAAGCUAAAUUUCUAGAAAUCCACAUAUGGACUCAUUGCUUUCACAUGUCGAAGAAGCGCAUAUUGGCUUGCAAAAUUUGUGAGAUAGAUGGAUUCAAGGACAUAGAGUCGAUCACUACACACUUUGCUAUCAUGCACUGUAUCACGAAAGUCGCAUGCGAAAUAUGUUGCUUGGUAUUUUCUUCGAACGAGGAUUGCAUGAAGCAUUACGUGGAUAUGCACACGAAUAUAUCGUUACCAGAACCAAUACGAUUGGUGAUGUCCAAAUUGAAUAACAAGAUUGUACGUUAUGAAAAGUUUAUGUCGUACUUGGAUGAAUACCCCGCGAUUAAAGAACUUAUAUGGUACAAGUGUCCUUUCUGUCCGAUGGUAAUUGUAGAACACAUCCAUGCAAAGUUAAUAUUUAGUGCUCACUUACGGGACAAGCACUGGAAACGUUUGUCCGAAAUCAUUAGUGAAGAGGUAUUGGCCGAUACUUACUUCGUAACGAAAUUUGGAAAAUCCAGCAUCACCGGAAAUAUCUCAAACACGUUUGUAAAUGCUCCGCUCGAAGACGGUACCGUGAUACCUAGAAUCAUAAAUGCUCGAACCAUUUCGUCGGAGAUAUUUGAACGCGGCUCCCACGAUACGGGCAACACGUGGACCAUAAGUCCCGAUAAAUCCGCGUCUACCAUUGUUGUUGACAGUUCGCAAGUGGUAAGUUCUUCAGAAAAAGUAGAAUCGCUACCAAAAAUUCUCAACGUCAGAUCAAUAGCUGAUUUAAAGGCAGUCGCACCGAAAAACGUUGCGACAAGUACGAAAACUGUAACCGAGAUGGAGGUUGUAUGUGAUUCUCAAGCGUCUCAAUCUGAAGUGAUGAAAACUACGUAUAAAAAAGAAGACCUAUUGUGUAAAGAUACGAGAAAUAACCUGAUUGAUAUUAAAUCUGUUAUCGAGGAGCAGACGAAAGUGGUAGAAGAGUCUCAUAAAAAUAAUGACGAAUCGAUCACUUCCUGCGCGGCGGAACCCGAAAGAUCUCUACAAACUAAGGACGUUCGUACAAAUUCACCCAUCGAAUUAAGUAGAGAAAUUUCAAAUUCCGAGUCGGUAUCCAAGACAAGUACAAGUGGUUCUAUAAAGGUAGUUGACAUCAGGAAAAUAUGCAAACCGAACAUUGAGCCAUUCGUCGAAGAACCGUGCGACAUACAGUCCGAGAAUGAGAAUGCAACAUGUAUGUCGUUCAUACCGAAACCUCCUCCGCUUUCCAAAAUUCCACAACAUGCACUUGAUUACAGGGAGGUCGAGGAGACAUAUGAGCUCUUGAAAGAUGCAAAAUCGAAAUCUCUCUUCCGAAGAGUGGCUAAGAAGAGGCAACGCAUUGCCAUAAUCGGGCCGACUGAUACGCAAGAGGGAACUAUCGAGUUCCUGUGUCACAUAUGCAACGAAAAGAUUAACACUUCUUGGCCUAUAUUGCAGAUGCACUUUACCGAGAAUCAUUCGCACGAGUAUCAAUUGGUGGAACUUGCUUUGCGCCUAACGAAGCUACCCUCUGACUUUAUGAAUCAUUACAAGAAACUUAUGAACACAAAGAAGCGAAAAUCAGACGUCACUUUAUCCAUGACGAAAAGAAAGCGUCGAUGGACACCGAAGAAACACACGGAGAUAAAGGACACGAGCGUGUCCGAAGGGACCGUAGGGUUGUGCGUGAACAAAGAGACGGCGGAAGACGGUGAGGGUAAUUUCAAAUGCAAGAAAUGCAGUCAACGAUGCACCGACAUGUCUGAUCUGAGAGAACACAUUGCUACCAAUCACAGAUUGAAGGGCCGUUACCUGAUAUGUCUGGAGUGCGGCGAGAACUUUGUAGUCGCGCCUAGCUUGCAGAUGCAUCUCAAGGCUUUUCACGGAAUAGAAGAUCCUAUCAGUUAUAUGAAUCAAAAUCCCUCUUACGCUCCUGAUGUAAACAACUACUUACAGGCAGAAGGGAAAACAACGAUAGCUAAUCAGUGUUACGUCUGUAUGGCAGUGUUCGAGGAUAAAGCUGCGGUGGACAAACACCUGAGAGUACACGGUAUGGCUUUUCUGAAUCGUAAGAUGAUAGAGGCGAGAAAUGCUCUGAAGAGUCCGGAGAAGAAGCCAAAUACGGAGGAGAAGCAAAGUCCCGUUACCGAAAGUCUAAGGGCGACUGUGAGGCGAGAUAAACCGGUGGAAACACUUCUAGAAAAACUUCUUAAUACGCCGAUAUAGCUACAGGGGAUGAAACAUGUGGAUACAUGUGAAACAUGUAAAAAAUUCUCUUAAAACUCUGUAAAAUAAUGCAUUCAUUAUAGUUCUUAUUUAUAAGCUCUCGUCUGUAUAUUACGCGCUCGAUAUCGUUUUCAUCAAUCCAUUGUUAUUACAGAACAUUAUAUCACUGAAUUAUUA